UCUCUCUCUCUCUCUCUCUCUCUCUCUAUUUCUCAAUCAUAAACCCACAAAACCCCCUUUUUCUCUCUAAAAACCAGAAUAAUCUUAAAGGAGAAGCAUGUCACACAAGGGGGGCAUGGGUGAUGGCAUGGGCGACAUGCCCAUGCCAGGCAACCACAACACAGGGAUGCAUGACCAUCCCAUGAAGAAGAUGAUGAUGCACAUGACAUUCUUUUGGGGAAAAGACGUGGAGAUCCUCUUCGACGGCUGGCCGGGCGGGGGCCUGGGUAUGUACAUUCUCUCUCUAUUCGUCGUAUUCUUCCUCGCCAUUUUGCUCGAGUUCCUGUCAAACCGCGGGCUCGUGCCAUCGCGCGUGGCCGGAACCCUUGUGCACGCGGUGCGAGUUGGGCUCGCCUACCUGGUUAUGCUCGCCGUUAUGUCGUUUAAUGGAGGGGUUUUGGUGGCUGCGGUUCUGGGGCACGCCGUUGGGUUCGCUAUGUUCAGCCGUGGACCCAAGCCUGGGAGCGAGCCCGUGGGCUCCGCGACCGAGACCAUGCCGGGGAUGAAAUGUUAAUGGAUCAUCUCAUGUGUCUCUUGAGCUCUGUUUGGCUCUCUUUCUCUCUCUAAAUUUACAUGUCUCUCUUUCUUGUAGGUCUUGUCUCAAUUUCUCUCUCUAAAUUUGCAUUUUCUCUCUCUAAUCCUCUUUCACAUACUCUCUCUCUCUAUCAGCCCACCGUAAUAAAAGUAAUAUGAGUUAACUGUUGGGCAUCAUAGAUCUUAUCUUUUGCAUUUGUGUAUUUGGAUUAAUAUAAAAAAAUCUGGGAAUUGAUGUCAGGAA